CCCUCCGCCCCCCCUAAAUCCAUCCUUGUCUCCAUAUCCCUGCAACUCUAGAUCGAAGAGAAGAUUAACAUCAGAUCUGGGAGUGUCGGCCCAACCGUCGCCGGACUAAAACUAAUGGGCAACGAACGGGCAAGCGUCCAUCUUCGUUGCCGGACGAAUGGAGAAGAGACCGCCGGCGAAAAAACUAAAAGGAAAGAGAGAGACCUGGACUCACAGCUCACAGGGGUGAAAGAAAAGGAACUGGUGGAUGCAAACGGCAAACCCAGGAACUACUCUUCGUGUGAGGAAGAAAGAGAGAAACAAAAAUAAAGAAAAAUAUAAUUUAUUACCAGAAGGGCAUCCAUCUCAGCAUUAACCGGUAAUACAAGUAUUCAACUGUUUAGAAAUCCAAAUUGGUUAUUUUUUAACAGUUUAUAGACUCGAUUGAUUCAAUUAAAAAUACAAGGAUUCAAUUGAUUUUUUGACAAUAAUAGAAGACUUAUCCGGCAGUUUUCCCUUAUUAAUAUGGAGUAAUAAUUGUUAAGCCCGUUCUCCGACCAAAAGUUUAACGGGCUCGGUGAAAAAAACAGUCCGGCCCAGUGCCAGCCCAUUGCCCAAUUCCCGUUCGGCAAGUCGCAAGGUCGCAGAGACGCUCAGCGGCUCAGACGCCCGUAGCCCCGCACCGCCUCACGCCGCCGCAGUCCCACCCGCCUCCCGUCGCCUCUGUCUAGUUGUCUGCAUCUCAUUCCUCUGGAGUUCUGGCUGACUUUUGCUAAUCGCCCCAGCAGAUUUAGCCGCGGUGCAUAAAUAGGGGGCCUGUAACCCCCAAGCUAAGGACUGCAUCAGCUGAACUUUCUGGGCCUUUUGAGUACAUACCUAAAGUCAAAGGUCCAUUUUUGUCCGCAUGCGCAUGCUGUUCUGGUUUGAUAAUUUGAGUUUGUAUUCAGAAACUUAAAUUAUUGCUGCUCUAUUUAAACUGAAGAGAAGAAUAAAAUGAGGUUACUGAAAGUGGCUACAUGUAAUCUUAACCAAUGGGCCAUGGAUUUUGAUUGCAAUAUGAAGAACAUAAAGGAAUCCAUUUCUAGGGCGAAAGUGGCAGGAGCUAUGGUCAGGCUCGGCCCUGAGCUUGAAAUCACUGGAUAUGGAUGCGAGGAUCACUUCUUUGAGCUUGACACCAUCUCUAAUGCGUGGGAUUGCUUAAAAGAACUGCUGCUAGGUGAUUGGACCGAUAACAUAUUAUGUAGUUUCGGAAUGCCAGUUGUUAAAGGAUCAGAGCGCUACAACUGUCAAAUAUUGUGUCUUAACAGGAAGAUAUUAAUGAUUCGGCCCAAAAUAUGGCUAGCAAAUGAUGGAAACUAUAGGGAACUUCGAUGGUUUACAGCUUGGAAGCAUAGGGAUGUUGAGGAUUUUCAGCUCCCAAGUGAUGUUUCUGAAGCUCUGACUCAGUCAAUUGUUCCAUUUGGCUAUGGAUAUCUUCAGUUUUCAGACACAGCUGUUGCAGCUGAAGUUUGUGAGGAACUUUUUGUACCUUCACCACCUCAUGCUGAACUUGCACUGAAUGGAGUUGAAGUAUUUAUGAAUGCAAGUGGAAGUCAUCAUCAGCUAAGAAAGCUUGAUCUUCGCAUGCGGGCUUUUGUAAGUGCCACUCACACACGUGGAGGGGUUUACAUGUACAGCAAUCAACAAGGAUGUGAUGGUGGUCGACUUUAUUUUGAUGGAUGUUCUUGUGUUGUUGUGAACGGAGAUAUUGUAGCUCAAGGUUCACAGUUUUCUCUGAAGGAUGUUGAAAUGGUGUUUGCUGAAAUCGAUUUAGAUGCGGUACACUGCAAAUUCUUAGUUGACAAAAUUCUUGGACAGUGCAUUCAAGUAGCGAUAGUGGAAUGAAUGAGAGAAUAUAAAUUUAAACAAAAACUGUGGGGGUGCAAUAGUUGGACUUUAGGAGGGAGUCUCGUGCAAUUAACCUUGAAACUAGAUAUGAUUCUGUUGCUAGUCUUAGGACAUCUACCAGUAGUUUCCAAGAGCAAGCUAGUUCGAAAUCUAAAGUUUCUGCAGUGGUCAUUCCAUACAACCUUUGCAAGUCCUUCAAUCUCCAAAGGUCACUUUCUAGUCCUCUUAAGACUAGGUAUCACUCUCCUGAGGAGGAAAUAGCACUUGGGCCUGCUUGCUGGUUAUGGGACUAUUUAAGAAGAAGUGGCGCGUCUGGUUUUUUACUCCCACUUUCAGGUGGUGCUGAUAGUUCCUCUGUUGCAGCUAUAGUUGGUUCAAUGUGCCAGCUUGUAGUUAAAGAAAUUGCAAAUGGGGAUGAACAGGUCAAGGCUGAUGCUAUGCGAAUUGGCCAGUACACUGAUGGACAGUUCCCAAUAGAUAGCAAAGAAUUUGCUAAGCGUAUAUUUUAUACGGUUUUCAUGGGGUCUGAAAAUAGUUCUGAAGCCACGGCAUCACGGGCAAAGCUUCUGGCAGAUGAAAUUGGAUCGUGGCAUCUAAAUGUUAGCAUAGAUGGUGUUGUUUCUUCUUUGAUCUCUUUGUUCCAUACACUUACAGGGAAGCGUCCACACUACAAGGUAGACGGGGGAUCUAGCAUUGAAAACUUGGGCCUGCAAAAUAUUCAAGCUCGAGUCAGAAUGGUCUUAGCAUUCAUGCUUGCGUCACUCUUGCCAUGGGUUCACAAUAAACUGGGAUUUUAUUUGGUAUUAGGUAGCUCCAAUGUAGAUGAAGCAUUGCGUGGCUAUCUAACAAAGUAUGAUUGCAGUUCAGCUGAUAUAAAUCCAAUUGGAAGUAUUAGCAAGAUGGAUCUUCGAACAUUUCUGAGAUGGGCAGCCAUUCAUCUUGGUUACUCAUCAUUGGUAGAUAUUGAAGCAGCUCCUCCCACUGCUGAAUUGGAGCCUAUACGCUCUAACUAUAGUCAGCUAGAUGAAGUGGACAUGGGAAUGACAUAUGAAGAACUCUCAGUAUAUGGAAGAUUGCGUAAGAUUUUCCGUUGUGGACCUGUAUCAAUGUUUAAGAACCUCUGCUAUAAAUGGGGUACGGUGUUGACUCCAAAGGAGGUGGGCGAUAAAGUGAAGCACUUCUUCAAGUACUAUGCCGUUAACAGACACAAGAUGACUGUGUUAACACCUUCAUAUCAUGCCGAGAGUUACUCGCCAGAGGACAACAGGUUUGAUCUUCGACAGUUUUUAUAUAAUGUGAAAUGGCCUUAUCAGUUCCGGAAAAUCGACGAACUUGUGAAUGAGCUUGAUAGUGACCAAGUUGAAAUCACAAAAACAGUACACGGUAGUGGUGGUGGUAUGGGUGUUGUGGCAGCUGGUGCAGACAACCCAAGCGCAGGGAUUUAAGUUUCUCCUCUCAUCAGUCAUCCCAUUAUUUGUGUUGAUGACUGGUGAUGAGGUAAAUAGCUAGACGGGUGGAAGUUAGCAAUCUCAUUAAUAAUUUAUAUGUGAUGUAAGUUCAGGCGUCUUAUUUAUUAGUAGCUGCUCUCAUCAAUAAAUAGAUCACAGACGUAUCUUAAAGAAUUUUUCUUUGAUUCUGCUUCAUCAUAGUCAUCACCACUUUAUUCCAACUACAUUGUGGAUAGGACGAAAGAUACCAUUUAUACGGAUAGAAUGUUAGAUUGCUGUUAGCCUAAGCAUGCCUUGAUUCAAACUAAUAGUAGUUGUAGUUACCCUUGUAGUGCAGAAAGUUUGAUCAUCUUGAUGGUUGUGCUUGAGCGGGUUCUUAUACUAUAGUAAGAGCACAUUUCUCACUUUACACCCA